ACAGCAAAGCUGAAUAAAGCAAACACAACAAUUCUUUCACUCUGAGUGAAGCCAUAACGAUUUAAAUUAACAAAAAUCACAAAAAAUUAAUAAUUUAAGCUGCCACAAGCCAUGGUUAAGUUUCUGAACGGUCAACUACGCGAAGAAUGGGACAGAAGCGGACCCACUUAAGAAGUGAAACUAAACACAGCCCAAGCCCUGAUUUAGCAAGACAUGAGAAGGGAGUGUAUCAGUAAGGUCAGAAAUCCAAAUAAUUACAUUAAAAUCGUUAUAAUAUAUCAAUUUUAUUCUAACUUCUAUAAAUAACCAUUGGAUCAUCCUGCCCCUAUUGUUAGAUGACCCAACAUUCAAAUUACGGUUGGCGCCACUGUCACAACAAUGCAAAGUGUCAAGAUGGCGUCUGUUUUGUUUUGUUUGUUCAUUAAUGGAAUUAAUUUCAAUUAAAAAUAAUGUACACUCUUUUGCACGGUUUUUACAAAUAUCUGGUGCAAAAAGACGAGUAUUGUGUCCUAAUCCUCGGCCUCGAUAACGCCGGAAAAACGACUUACCUGGAGGCGGCAAAAACAAAACUUACAAAAAAUUACACGGGGAUACACCCGAGUAAAAUAACUACGACAGUAGGUUUAAAUAUUGGAAAAAUCGAGAUUGCGGGCAUAAGACUGAAUUUCUGGGAUUUGGGGGGCCAAACCGAGCUGCAGUCACUGUGGGAUAAGUAUUAUGCAGAGUCUCAUGCGAUUAUUUAUAUUGUGGAUUCGUCAGACAGAGACAGGAUUGAUGAAUCAAAAGAAACUUUCGAUAAGAUGAUAGCCAAUGAGAAUCUGCGUGGCGUUCCUUUGCUCGUUUUAGCAAAUAAGCAAGAUAUUCCAGAAUGUAUGGGAGUGCGAGAGGUUAAACCAAUAUUUAAUAAGAACGCCCAUUUAAUUGGAAAGAGAGAUUGUAUGGUGAUGCCUAUCUCUGCCUUAACUGGUGACGGUGUUGAUGAAGGGAUUAAGUGGCUCGUUGAUUGUAUAAAACGCAACAGUUUCAUAAGACCGGCACGCAAUCAAGAAGAAAAGUUCAAUCCGGCUUUUAACAUGGCCACAAUCAAACAAGCCGUUAAUGAGGCCAUAGAACGAGUUCGAAUGCCAACUCCCAUGCGAUUGCGAGACUUGAUUAGACAAAUCCGGGCGGCUCGAACUGCAGCUGAAGAACGCAGCGUCGUCAACAAAGAAUGCGCUUAUAUUAGGUCAACAUUUCGCGAAGAAGACUCCGUUUGGCGGUGCCGCAACAUCGCCAAACUGCUUUAUAUUCAUAUGCUUGGAUACCCGGCACAUUUUGGACAACUGGAGUGUCUGAAAUUGAUCGCGAGUGCGAGYUUUACCGAUAAACGGAUUGGGUAUUUAGGGGCGAUGCUCCUACUAGACGAGCGACAAGACGUGCAUUUGUUGAUCACAAACUGUCUCAAAAAUGACCUGAACUCAACAACACAGUUUGUUGUUGGGUUGGCGCUUUGCACUCUUGGAGCGAUUGCUUCUCCAGAAAUGGCACGUGAUUUAGCGGGGGAAGUGGAGCGACUAAUGAAAUCGCCCAACGCCUACAUUAGGAAAAAAGCGGCUCUUUGCGCUUUUCGAAUUAUUAAACGUGUGCCUGAACUCAUGGAAAUAUUUUUACCGGCCACCAGAAGUCUGCUAUCUGAGAAAAAUCACGGUGUGCUGAUUACGGGGGUUACGCUCAUUACGGAAAUGUGUGAAAAUAGCCCAGACACCUUAAACCACUUCAAAAAAAUUGUGCCCAACCUCGUCCGAAUCCUUAAAAACCUGAUUUUGGCCGGUUAUUCCCCCGACCACGACGUGUCUGGCGUUAGCGAUCCAUUCCUCCAAGUAAAAAUCUUAAAACUUUUGCGGGUUUUGGGCCGCAACGAUGCCGACGCCUCCGAGGCCAUGAACGAUAUUCUAGCCCAGGUUGCAACAAACACCGAAACGAGUAAAAAUGUCGGCAAUACGAUUCUCUACGAGACUGUUCUCUCGAUAAUGGAUAUAAAAUCAGAAGGCGGUUUACGAGUCCUCGCUGUUAAUAUUCUAGGCCGGUUUUUGUUAAAUAAUGAUAAGAAUAUUCGCUARGUGGCUUUGAACACGUUGUUGAGGACUGUACAUGUUGAUACUUCGGCCGUUCAGAGACACAGGUCGACAAUUCUUGAAUGUUUGAAAGAUCCGGAUAUUUCAAUCAGGAGGAGGGCUAUGGAGUUGUCAUUUGCUUUGGUCAAUUCGCAGAAUAUUAGGACUAUGAUGAAGGAAUUGAUAACAUUUUUGGAAAAAGCGGAUCCGGAAUUUAAGGCUCAUUGCUCGUCAAYCAUUGUGAUGGCGGCGGAAAGGUUCGCGCCGAAUAAGAGYUGGCAUUUGGAUACGCUACUCAAAGUUCUAGUUGGGGCUGGGAACUACGUGCGUGAUGACGUUAUUUCUUCAACGAUUCAAUUAAUAUCAGAAAGCACUAAUCAGCAGCCUUAUAUGACCUUGCAACUAUACAAAGCUUUAUCCGAGGAUUUAAUGGAUAAACAACCCUUGAUUCAAGUGGCCGUCUGGGCUAUCGGGGAAUACGGAGAUCAGCUUUUACAAGCAUCAAUCGACGACGACACUGGAAUAACUCCACCAACUGAAGAACAAGUAAUCGAACUUUAUCAAAAAUUGCUGUGGUCACCCCAAAACACAACCGUGACCAAACAAUAUGCUUUGAUGUCGCUCACUAAACUAAGUACUAGAUUUACAGUGACUACAAACAAAAUUCAACAAAUCGUAAGUUCUUUCUGUUCGAGCUUGCAUAUAGAGUUGCAACAGAGGGGUGUAGAGUUUUCGCAAUUUUUCGGCAAAUAUUCGCAUUUAAGACCUUCGCUUUUGGAACGUAUGCCUCCAAUGGAAGUGGUGAGACAAACAGGGGACGCGCACACUAAUGGGGAUAUCGAAAGCGACUCGAAAACGCCCGAGGAGAGUCCUCAACAUGUCAAUAGUGAUUCGAGCGCUUUGUUAGAUUUAUUGGUGGAUUUCGGGGGCACGGCCCCCACACCCCCACAACCUGCCAUUACUACGUCUAGUAACAAAGUAGAUUUACUCGAUUUGUUUAACGAAAUGGAUAACAUUGAUACGCCAGCCUUACAAACUCUACCGCCUACUGAUACGAAUCUGGGACUGAUUGUAGAAAAUAAUAACGGGAGUUUGCCUAUUGUAAUUAACCAGAACUCGAAUUUUAUUGGUGGAGAUUUGUUGUCUAAUGAUAAGACGGUUAAUGAAAAAGACGUGCCUACCAUUACGGCUUAUGAUCAAGAUGGGUUGAAAAUGUGCUUCUCGUUGGAAAAAGUACCAGAUAGUAACACUUUAACGAUAAAUAUGGUCGCGGCAAAUCAGACGUUAUCGGCAAUGACCGAUUUCUUAUUCCAAGCGGCAGUUCCUAAGACAUUCCAAUUACAAAUGAUGUCGCCCUCUGGGACCGUUAUGGGUCCAAACGGACAAAUUACGCAAGUGUUGAGGGUAACAAAUCCUAAUAGGGUAAAACUAUACCUACCUGUGGUUGUCUCAAUCGGCUUUGCCAAUUCUAGGAUUCUUGGUGUGGGUUUAUAUUUCAAAGCGUUGGGGGAAAUGACCCAAGGAUCAUACUUGUCCUCGUCGUGUUUCUUAGCCUCCCUUGCACUGAACGAAGGUUGGGCCAGUUUCUCAAUUCUUUCAGUACAUUUGGCCCUUAGAGCUGACCUUUUCACGAAGCCGAGUGGUAAUCCGUCGGAGCGCCGUUUCAGUCUUUCGGGAAUGGCUUUGGGGUUCACCACUCCCAAGAUUCGUGGGGGCACAAUGUGGUACUCUUUGGGGGCGGCAAGGACAUCAAUGUUGGCCAUUAGGUCUUCAAGAGGUUCCAGUGGUUCAGGUGCUUUGGAGGGUUUAGGAACCGGUGGGAUGUAUUUUYGUAUCCUCAUUCGGGGCUCGGACAGCAUAUUUAUUCUCCAGGGCCAUUUCCAUUGCUUUCCGACCUUUGUUGUAGGUUCAGACGCGGUUAUAGUCAAAAUGGAUCUGCCUCAGCCGCCUCAAGAUACUGAAUUAAGAAAUAUUAUCGACAAACUCGCCCAAUUUGUUGCUAGAAAUGGCCCCGAAUUCGAACAGAUGACCAAAAACAAACAAAAAGGCAAUCCAAAGUUUCAAUUUUUGUAUGGAGGAGAGUAUUAUAAUUAUUAUCAGUAUAAAGUCACCACAGAGCAAGCAGUUCUAAAACAACAAGGAAUUUUGGAAAACAGUCCGAGUAACUGGAAUUCACCAUCCACAAUGCACAAUUCAGAAAUUGAUCAAAUUUCAAUGCAGCAAGACAGUUUGAGGGAACAGAUCAAACAAAGUGAACAGAAUUUAUCGGCUCAACAUACGGUGUUAUUGCAACAACAGCAAGCCCAAGCUGAAGCUAUUGUAGCUAAAUGUGAAGCUACAGCUUUGCAAAAGGAGGCUGAAGCUUGUGAUAUAAUUUUACAAGACAUUUAUAACAUUUUGCAACCUAUUAUUGAGAGUUGUACAAAGGAUAGUAUAAGUAACGGCAAGUCGUGGUUUUUGCAACAUGCAAACAGUAAGGAGAAGGCUUAUUGCAUAGUCCACUGUUUAUUAACAAAAGUAAUAGAAGCGUCCAUUUUUUCGCAAAAAUUGCACGUCAUUUAUCUAGUUAACGACCUCUUACAUCAUUGUGCGAGAAAAAACGCGAAUGAGCUCAAAGAAGCUUUAGAAUCUGUAGUAGUUCCAAUGUUUUGUAACGCCCACAUAAGCGCGACAGAAGAACAACGAGUAAAAUUAGAAAAACUAUUAAAAUUAUGGGAAUCUAAGGCUAAUUAUUUAGACCCAAAUACCGUCGAAAAAAUGCGUCAACCAACCCAAAGUUAUCAACAAUAUCAGUCUAACUUAAUGAUGAAAUAUGCGUCAGAAAUUGGAUCGUUAGCUCAACAGACAAAACAAACUUAUGAUAACUACCAAGCGCAACAUCAAGCUUUCGUGUGUCACGCCAUGCAGCAAAUUGCCGAUUUGCAACAACAGAAGCAAAACAUCGAACAACAGCAGCAACAGCCGCCGCCGCCACAACAGCAACCGCCCCCGAUACAAAACACCAACAUAAUUCCACUGGAAACCAUCCAAGCGAGUUUAAAACAAACCAUUCAAAAUCUCAGUCAACAAAACAGCACGCAACCAACCAAUCAGAAUUUUCAUCAACCGCCGCCGAAUCAACCCGCGAAUGAGUUUCUUCCAAUAAAUCCCUCGAUUCCGCCUCCGAAUAUAACGACGCAUCCGCCGCCACCGAUCGGCCAGUCUCCCAAUUUACCAACGAAUGGAAUGGAUAAUCCGUUCUCACAACCACCUCCGGGAUAUUUCCCCCCUCCCGGAGUUUUUCCCGAUUUUUCUAAACCACCACCUGGAUUCGCUCCGAAUCCUGACCCGCCAGUCGUGGAGGAAUUAGUACCGACGGCGCCCUAUUACGACUUGCCGGCUGGACUCAUGGUGCCGCUGAUCAAGUUGGAAGAUACAUCAUAUAAACCGUUAGAUCCUAAAGAUAUUAGGUUGCCACCACCAGCGCCCCCUAGUGAUCGUCUCCUGGCCGCUGUGGAAGCCUUUUAUUCACUACCCAGCCACGAACGGCCCCGAGACAGUGAAGGUUGGGAAAAGCUAGGUUUGUAUGAAUACUACAAGGCAAAGAACAAUGCGAAACGUCAAAAAGAAGAGCAAAUCGCCGCCGGCCUCCGUGAGAAAUCCAGAAGCCCGAGUCCUAUAGUACUACCGAUGGAGAAGGAACCGUCACCACCUAAACGACGAUACACAAGUAAAUCGCCGUCGCCACAAAGGCGUCGCUCGAAAUCGAGGUCCAAGUCGAGGUCGCGGUCGAGAAGUCCGCGGACUCCACGGCGGAGACACUCGAGGAGUGGUCGGAGGCGAAGAAGCGUCUCUAGAUCGCCUUCCAGGUCGCCAAUAAGGCGGUCACCAUCACCACCUCCAACGCUGCUAAGUUUCAGUAGUGCUCCACCAAGUUUCGUGCGGAAUGAGAAACAAGAAAUCGACUCGACCAAUAAGGGACAUCAAAUGUUGAGGAAAAUGGGAUGGGGUGGYAGCGGUUUGGGGGCUAACGAGCAGGGAAUCGAUGCGCCUAUCUCAGGGGGGGAUGUUCGCGAUCGGCAAGAUCAGUUUAAAGGUGUAGGGUGUAAUUUGAACGAUCCAUAUGAAAACUUUAGGAAAAAUAAAGGGGCCGCGUUUAUUACGCGAAUGAAGGCGCGAGCCGAGGAGAGAGCCAAUGAGAGUAAGUUACUUGACUAUUAGGGUCUUUUUCUAUUUCAUUUUGGUUACGUUUUUAUAUGAUUGUCAAAAAAUUGUAUCUUACGUUAGAUAACCAUUUUUACCUUAGUUCAAAGACUAUUUGACCAAGUAAUAAAACGUAAUGUUUCCAGUACCUUUAUGACUGUAUAUUUAUGAUUUGCAAGUGGAUUUCAUGUAUUGUAAAGAAAUGUACAAAUGUACAAAUUUACGUCGAUUAAAUAAAAAUCCUAUUUUUAAUUAAGUCCAGGUUCAUUGUAAUCUAUCUGAAUUAAUUAGGCCGAAAAUAAAUUGUUCCAAACAAAUGUUAGCUUUAUUGUGUGCGAUUAAAAAAACACCCAUGUUUUAUACAUGUUUAAUACAAGAACCUCUGAUUUCUGAUCUACAUGUAAUAAAAAUAAAAACCCAAUAUAAAGAAAAUAAAUCAUAAAAUUAC